UAAAUCGUUCAUGUUUAACAUUUCUGCGCGUGGCACUCUUUAAAUUAGCGUGUGAUUAAAUGUAGCUGCCAAUUACGACGCUGGAUGGGCACCUGAAUGCACCAGGGUAGCCGCAGCAUUGAGAAUGACGAUGUUCACCUAACAGUCUGUAAAGGUGCAAUACUUUUGAGAACAGAUCAUGCACAGCUGGAGCUAACGGUACCUCCAUAUGGACGUCCUGAAAGCACCGCGGGAAAAGUGAUGUGCAAGGUGAUAACGCCCGCGGGGCAAUUACCUUGGCCACAGUAUUGUUGCUAGAAGACAUGUUGCUGUACAACCCAAACGGAUGCUUUUCCGAUAAAGCAGAAUGACGGUCCUCUUGACAAGAGAUGCCUUCAGAAUUAAUCAUCCAUGCUGAGAAGCCUCCUGGAAGACGCUUCCUCCGCCUGUGAAGCCAAGAGCCAAGGAGGCGGUUCCGGAGAGCUUCUGCAGAGAAAACUUGGAGGUUCGCCCCAUCAUCGUCAUCGUUUGCUUACAACGAUAGCAUCUCUCCUCCAAAGAUUGUCUCAUUCCACGGGAAGAGUGGCCACAAACAAGGUGAAACGUGCCAGAAAGGUGCUAGUGGUGACGCGGUGUGAAAGUGACUGACCGGGUUGCCACGGGAGCCUGACGUGACGUGACAUUUGGCCGUGGAGCCUCCUGGAGGUCAGACUGUCGGGACAAGUGACAGUCAGCCGGACUCCCACCAAGAGAUGCUACGAGAGGCCAGGAGCAGAUGGAGCUCACCGCCAUUCUCAGCAGAUGGAGCUUAAAGCGAGACCUCAUGAGGGAUCCAACAUAAGAGUCCGUCUACUAAGCAGCAGCCUGGCUGACAGCAUGAAAUCUCUCCUGUAGCUCAGCCAUCCUGCAAAAAAAGAUCACGGGCUGUCAAGCAGGAGGAUCCAUGUCGGAUAAAAUGUCCAGUUUCCUCCAUAUUGGGGACAUUUGUUCCCUCUAUGCGGAGGGCUCCACCAGUGGAUUUAUCAGCACUUUAGGGCUCGUUGAUGACCGCUGUGUGGUUCAACCUGACACAGGCGACCUUAACAACCCCCCCAAGAAAUUCAGAGACUGCCUUUUCAAACUCUGUCCCAUGAACAGAUACUCUGCACAAAAGCAGUUCUGGAAGGCGGCAAAACCUGGAGGCAACAGCACUACUGACACUGUCCUCCUCAACAAACUCCAUCAUGCUGCCGACUUGGAGAAGAAGCAGAAUGAGUCCGAGAACCGCAAGUUGCUUGGAUCAGUCAUCCAGUAUGGGAAUGUCAUUCAGUUGCUGCACCUGAAAAGCAACAAGUACCUGACGGUGAACAAGCGUCUGCCUGCGCUGCUGGAGAAGAAUGCCAUGAGGGUGACUCUGGACUCUGCGGGAAAUGAGGGAUCCUGGUUCUACAUCCAGCCUUUCUACAAAUUGCGCUCCCUGGGAGACAGCGUGGUGAUUGGAGAUAAAGUUGUCCUUAACCCCGUAAAUGCUGGACAGCCCCUCCAUGCCAGCAGCCACCAGCUGGUUGACAACCCAGGAUGCAACGAGGUUAAUUCUGUAAAUUGCAACACAAGCUGGAAAGUGGUUCUGUUCAUGAAAUGGAGCGACAACAAGGAAACCAUCCUGAAGGGGGGCGAUGUGGUCCGGUUGUUCCAUGCAGAGCAGGAGAAAUUUCUCACAUGUGACGACCACAGGAAGAAGCAAUAUGUUUUCCUCCGAACAACGGGGCGCCAGUCCGCCACCUCUGCUACCAGCAGCAAGGCACUAUGGGAAGUAGAGGUGGUUCACCACGACCCAUGUCGGGGAGGAGCAGGUUAUUGGAACAGCCUGUUCAGGUUUAAACAUUUGGCAACUGGUUGCUAUUUGGCCGCAGAGGUGGGUGAGGUGAAUCCUGACUUUGAAGAGGAGAGUGUCGAGCAGCGGUCAGCAGUGGUGGACUUCACACCCUUUAAUUUCCAGCUGGAUGCAGACAAUGAAGCUUUACGUGGUCGUCUGCGGGCCCCUCAGGAGAAAAUCAUGUACACCCUUGUGCCAGUCCCGGACGGCAUGGAUAUCUCCUCCAUCUUUGAACUCGACCCCACCACUCUGAGAGGCGGGGACUCCAUGGUGCCCAGGAGCUCCUACGUACGCCUGAAGCACUUGUGCACCAACACAUGGGUCCACAGCACCAACAACCCCAUCGACAAAGAGGAGGAGAAGCCUGUUAUGUUAAGAAUUGGGACCUCGGCAGUGAAAGAAGACAAGGAGGCCUUCGCCAUCGUACCAGUACCACCAGCAGAGGUGCGGGAUCUGGACUUUGCAAAUGAUGCUAGUAAAGUUCUGGCAUCAAUUGCAGGCAAACUGGAAAAGGGAACCAUAACGCAGAAUGAAAGAAGGUUUGUCACCAAGCUUCUGGAAGAUCUCGUCUUCUUUGUGGUGGACAUCCCCAACAGCGGACAGGAUGUAUUGGAGAUCAUGGUAAACAAACCCAACAGAGAAAGACAAAAACUCAUGAGAGAGCAGAAUAUCCUCAAGCAGAUCUUCAAACUUCUCCAAGCACCCUUCACAGACAGCGGUGACGGUCCCAUGCUGCGCCUGGAGGAGCUGGGCGACCAGCGCCACGCUCCUUUUCGAUACAUUUGCAGGCUUUGUUACCGAGUGUUACGCCACUCUCAGCAGGACUACAGGAAGAACCAGGAAUAUAUUGCCAAGCAGUUUCGCUUCAUGCAGAAACAGAUCGGCUAUGAUGUCCUUGCGGAAGACACAAUAACCGCUCUGCUCCACAACAACAGGAAGUUGUUGGAGAAACAUAUCACGGCUGCAGAGAUAGACACAUUUGUUACUCUAGUGAGGAAGAACCGGGAGCCAAGGUUCCUGGACUACCUGUCAGAUCUUUGCGUGUCCAUGAACAAGUCCAUCCCGGUCACGCAGGAGCUCAUCUGUAAUGCGGUCCUCGAUCUAACCAACGCUGACAUCCUCAUCGAAACUAAAUUAGUCUUGUCCAGAUUUGAGAUUGAAGUAGCAUCAAAUGGAGACAGUCCAGUAGAAGCUGAGGAUGAAGAGGAGGUGUGGCUGUUCUGGAAGGACAAUUUCAAGGAUAUACGGAGUAAGAGCGUUCGAGAGUUGGCCCAGGAUGCAAAGGAGGGCCAGAAGGAGGACCAGGAGGUGGUCAGUUAUUACAGGUGCCAACUCAACCUUUUUGCCCGGAUGUGCUUGGACCGUCAGUACUUGGCCAUCAACAAGAUCUCUGGGCAGCUGGAUGUGGACUUGAUCCUACGCUGCAUGUCUGACGAGGACCUGCCCUAUGAUUUGCGGGCCUCUUUCUGUCGCCUCAUGCUGCACAUGCAUGUGGACCGUGACCCUCAGGAGCAGGUCACGCCCGUCAAGUACGCCCGUCUGUGGUCUGAGAUCCCGUCUCAAAUUACGAUUGAUGAUUAUGAUAAUGACGGAACCACCAGAGAUGAGAUCAAGGAGCGAUUCUGUCUCACCAUGGAUUUUGUGGAGAACUACCUGAGAGAGGUGGUGUCACAAAAUGUUCCCUUCUCUGAUAAAGAGAAAAACAAACUGACCUUUGAGGUCGUGAACCUGGCAAGGAAUCUCAUAUACUUUGGCUUCUACAACUUCAACGACCUGUUACGACUGACGAAGAUACUGCUGAACAUUUUAGACUGUGUCCAUGUCAGCACCGCAUACCCCAUCAACAAGAUUGAGAAGGGCGAGGAAAACAAAGCUGGCAGCAACGUGAUGAAGUCCAUCCAUGGAGUCGGGGAACUAAUGACCCAGGUAGUUCUGCGAGGCGGCAGCCUGUUGCACACCACACCAACUCAUCAGCCAGAGGGCGAUGUGGUUAAAGCCCAGGUUGAGCCGGAAAGAGAGGACAUCAUGGUCAUGGACACGAAACUUAAGGUCAUCGAAAUUCUACAGUUUAUUCUGAAUGUGCGGCUGGACUACAGGAUCUCCUGCCUGCUCUGUAUUUUCAAACGGGAGUUUGAUGAGAAUAACCCGCAGGCAGAAAACGCUGCCAGCCAUAACGGAACCAAUAAUGUCACCAGUCCCAUGGCAGGAAAUCUUGACUUUGAAAAUAUUGAGGAACAGGCCGAAGGAAUAUUUGGAGGAAGUGAAGAGAACACUCCACUAGACCUGGAUGACCAUGGUGGACGUACCUUCCUGAGAGUCCUGCUACACCUGACCAUGCACGACUACCCCCCCCUCGUGUCCGGCGCGCUUCACUUGCUGUUCCGACACUUCAGUCAGAGGCAGGAAGUCCUCAUGGCGUUUAAGCAGGUCCAGCUCCUUGUGACCAGGCAGGAUGUGGAUAACUACAAGCAGAUCAAAUCGGACCUUGACCAGCUGCGAUCCACAGUGGAGAAGUCCGAGUUGUGGGUCUACAAAAGGCAAGGAGAAGACGGAAUGGAUGGAGACGGGCCGUCAGAGUCAGAUAACAAAAAGAAGGGGGAUUCACUUGGCUGUGACAAGAACAGUACGGAAAGCUGCAGCAACUACAACUACAGGGUAGUCAAAGAGAUUCUGCUCCGUCUCAGUCAGCUCUGUGUCCAGGAAGGGAGCUCAGGGAAGAAGAGUAAGAAACAGCAGCAGAGGCUGUUGAGGAACAUGGGGGCUCACUGUGUGGUGCUUGAGCUCCUGCAGAUCCCCUAUGAGAAGGGUGAAGAUGUCCGAAUGCAGGAGAUCAUGAAACUAGCUCAUGAGUUUCUGCAGAACUUCUGUGCGGGAAACCAGCAGAACCAAGCUCUUCUCCACAAGCAUAUCAACCUCUUUCUUAAUCCAGGCAUUCUCGAGGCCGUUACAAUGCAGCACGUUUUCAUGAAUAACUUCCAACUCUGCAGUGAAAUUAACGAGCGUGUGGUUCAACACUUUGUCCACUGUGCUGAGUCUCAUGGUCGACACGUCCAGUACCUUAAGUUUCUGCAGACCAUCGUGAAGGCCGAGAAUAAGUUCAUCAAAAAGUGCCAGGAUAUUGUCAUGGCUGAGCUUGUGAGCUCAGGAGAAGACGUCCUCGUCUUCUACAACGAUCGUGCAUCCUUCCAAACAUUAAUCCAAAUGAUGCGCUCGGAACGGGAACGUUUGGAUGAAAACAGCGCUUUAAUGUACCACAUCCACCUGGUGGAAUUGUUAGCGGUCUGCACCGAGGGCAAGAACGUCUACACCGAGAUCAAAUGCAACUCGCUGCUGCCGCUGGAUGACAUAGUGCGCGUCGUCACGCAUGAAGACUGUAUUCCCGAGGUGAAGAUUGCCUAUAUCAACUUCCUGAACCACUGUUAUGUUGACACUGAAGUGGAAAUGAAGGAGAUCUAUACAUCCAACCAUAUGUGGAAGCUCUUUGAAAACUUCCUGGUGGACAUUUGUCGGGUGUGCAACAACACCAGCGACAGGAAGCACGCAGAUACCAUGCUGGAGUGUUAUGUAACUGAGACGGUUAUGAGCAUCGUCACAUGUUUCUUCAGCUCUCCUUUCUCUGAUCAAAGCACAAGCCUGCAGAUGGCUCGCAGUAUGUAUGCCGCCAUUCUUGGAAAGAUAACUGAGACUCGUCAGCCUGUAUUUGUUCAACUGCUCCAGGGGGUCUUCCGAGUCUACCACUGUACCUGGCUUAACCCCGUGCAGAAGGCCUCAGUGGAGGCUUGUAUUAAAGUACUCUCAGACGUCGCUAAGAGCAGAGCCAUCGCUAUCCCAGUGGACCUGGACAGCCAAGUGAACAACUUAUUUGUGAAGUCCAAUAAUGUUGUCCAGAAGAGCCUCCUUAACUGGAAACUAUCGGCCAAGAACACUUCCAGGAGAGACUCCGGGAUGACAACCUCCAAAGACUACAGAAACAUCAUAGAAAGGCUCCAGGACAUUGUCUCAGCGCUCGAGGACCGCCUACGGCCGCUGGUCCAAGCCGAGCUCUCAGUCCUGGUGGAUGUCCUGCAUCGUCCCGAGUUGCUCUUUCCUGAGAACACAGAAGCUCGCAAGAAAUGUGAAAGUGGAGGAUUCAUAUCAAAACUAAUUAAACACACCAAGCAAUUACUGGAGGAGAAUGAGGAGCGCCUGUGCAUCAAAGUACUGCAGACACUCAGGGAGAUGAUGACGAAAGACCGCGGCUACGGGGAGAAGCUGAUUGCCUUUGAUGAUGAAAUGGAUGUGGCUGAGCUGGCACCCCCACCUGAGCCCGAAGUCCCCGCUGAGGAGCUUGAUCCCAGUCAGCCUCAGAAGCAGCUGGAGGAUCAGAGGAGGGGGGAAGCUUUGCGGCAGAUUUUGGUAAAUCGAUACUACGGCAAUGUCAAACCUGGUCCGAGGAGAGAUAGCCACACGCCCUUCAGCAACGGCCCCCUUUCUUCGGGAACCCAGGGGAAACCUCCUACCGUUGUCAGUUCCGGGGUCGGAGGUCGAGGGGAACUGAGCUUGGCGGAGGUCCAGUGCCAUCUGGACAAAGAGGGGGCUUCUGAUCUUGUUAUUGACCUCAUCAUGAAUGCUACCAGCGAUCGGAUCUUCCAAGAAAGCAUCUUGCUCGCUAUCGCGCUGCUGGAGGGUGGGAACACGGUCAUCCAGCGGUCAUUCUACCAUCGUUUGACGGGGGACAACAAGUCUGAGAAGUUCUUUAAGGUAUUUUAUGAGCGCAUGAAGCUUGCCCAGCAGGAGAUCAAAGCCACUGUGACGGUCAACACGAGCGAUCUGGGCAACAAGAAGAAAGACGAGGAGCCUCCAGACAAAGACACUCCAGCACGCAAGAAAGUCAAGGACGUGCCUCUGGUGGCCGUGGUCACCGAGGAGGCAAAGGAGCAGCUGGUGGAAGCCUCAGCCGUCACCAAGAAGGCCUUCGCCACAUACCGUCGCGAGGCUGAAGCUGAAGAGCACCAAGCAGCUGCUGACGGCUCUGCCGUGCCAACCGCCGACAAGGGCCAAGACGAUGGCGAGAUGAGCGUUAUCAUCACCAUCAUGCAGCCCAUCUUGCGCCUCAUGCAGCUGCUGUGUGAGAACCACAAUCGAGAUCUGCAGAACUUUCUACGCAAUCAGAAUAACAAGAACAACUACAAUCUGGUUUGCGAGACGCUUCAAUUCCUGGACUGUAUUUGCGGCAGCACCACAGGAGGUCUAGGUCUACUCGGACUUUACAUCAAUGAGAAGAAUGUGGGACUUAUCAACCAGACUGUGGAAAGCCUGACUGAAUAUUGUCAAGGUCCCUGUCAUGAGAACCAGAACUGCAUUGCUACUCACGAAUGCAACGGCAUCGACAUCAUCAUAGCUCUCAUCCUGAAUGACAUCAAUCCGCUGGGAAAGAAGAGGAUGGACUUGGUGUUGGAGCUAAAAAAUAAUGCCUCCAAGCUUCUUCUUGCCAUUAUGGAGAGUCGCCAUGACAGUGAGAAUGCAGAAAGAAUACUGUACAACAUGAGGCCCAAAGAGCUGGUUGAAGUGAUCAAAAAGGCAUACAUGCAGGGUGAGAUCGAGGUGGAAGAGCCUCAGGAGGGCGAGGAAGGAGAAGAGGAACAUUCCGCAUCUCCACGGAAUGUUGGCCACAAUAUUUACAUCUUGGCACAUCAAUUGGCGCGACAUAACAAGGAACUGCAGGGCAUGUUAAAACCCGGGGGGACGUACGGCGAGGGCGACGAGGCACUGGAGUUCUAUGCCAAGCACACGGCUCAGAUCGAGAUUGUCCGACUGGAUCGUACCAUGGAGCAAAUAGUUUUUCCUGUUCCCAACAUCUGUGAGUUCCUCACCCAAGAGUCCAAGCUACGUGUCUACUACACCACAGAGCGCGAUGAGCAAGGCAGCAAGAUCAAUGACUUCUUCCUUCGCUCUGAGGACCUUUUUAAUGAAAUGAACUGGCAGAAGAAGCUGCGAGGUACUCAAGAGGCCACCGGUGACCCAAACACCGUUCCCUCCCAGCCCAUCCUCUACUGGUGCUCCAGGAACAUGUCCUUCUGGAGCAGCAUCUCCUUCAACUUGGCUGUUCUCAUGAACCUGCUGGUGGCCUUCUUCUACCCACUGGAAGGUGUCCGUGGAGGUACCCUGGAACCUCAUCUGUCUGCCUUGCUGUGGAUGGCCAUGCUGGUUUCCCUGGCUAUUGUCAUCAUUUUGCCUCAGCCUCACGGCAUCCGGGCGCUCAUAGCCUCGACUAUCUUGCGACUCAUCUUCUCUGUUGGCCUGGAGCCCACAUUACUUCUACUCGGGGGCUUUAAUUUAUGUAAUAAAGUCAUCUUCCUGAUGAGCUUUGUUGGGAACCGUGGGACAUUCACACGAGGCUACCUAGCAAUGAUCACGGAUGUGGAGUUCCUGUACCACCUGCUGUACCUGAUCAUCUGCUCCCUGGGGGUCUUCGUCCAUGUCUUCUUUUAUAGCCUGCUGCUCUUUGAUCUGGUUUACCGAGAAGAGACCUUGCUGAAUGUCAUUAAGAGUGUGACCCGCAAUGGCCGCUCCAUUGUUCUCACGGCCGUGCUCGCUCUCAUACUCGUCUACCUCUUUUCCAUCGUGGGAUACAUCUUCUUCAAAGAUGACUUCAUUUUGGCCGUCGACAGGAUCCCCAACAAAACGCUCGGUCUUGGAGCCAGCGUUGUGGGAGAGUUUUUCUCGGGUGGGGUGUGUCACAAGGAAAAUGGAGAGAACUGCUCAACAGAGGCGGCAAAUGAUGGUUCUCUUUCCAUCCAGCCAUCUGCAGUGGUCAUCGAGGACAAAGAACGGACCUGUGACUCCUUACUCAUGUGCAUUGUCACCGUAUUGAGCCACGGUCUGAGGAGCGGAGGAGGUGUUGGGGACGUACUGCGAAAACCAUCCAAAGAGGAGCCUCUCUUCGCAGCCCGAGUCAUCUACGACCUGUUGUUCUUCUUCAUGGUCAUCAUCAUCGUUCUCAACCUCAUCUUUGGUGUCAUCAUUGAUACAUUUGCUGACCUGAGGAGUGAGAAACAGAAGAAAGAAGAAAUACUGAAGACAACGUGUUUUAUUUGCGGUCUGGAGAGAGACAAAUUUGACAAUAAGACUGUCAGCUUUGAAGAGCACAUCAAAGUUGAACACAACAUGUGGCACUACCUGUUCUUCAUCGUCCUGGUCAAAGUCAAGGAUUCCACCGAGUACACUGGUCCAGAGAGCUACGUGGCCGAAAUGAUCAGGGAUCACAACUUGGACUGGUUCCCCCGGAUGAGGGCCAUGUCGUUGGUGAGCAGUGAUGCAGACGGGGAGCAGAAUGAAAUUCGAAACCUGCAGGAAAAGCUGGAGUCCACCAUGAAACUUGUAUCCAACCUCUCCGGCCAGCUGACGGAGCUGAAAGAACAGAUGACCGAACAGAGGAAGCAAAAGCAGCGCAUCGGCCUGCUGGGACACCCCCAGCACAUGAACGUCAACCCCCAGCAGCCUGCAUAGCAUCAAACUCGGGUGUGGACGCAGCGGUCCUUAUGCACCGGAUGGAUGUGAGUAACUCACGACUUGGAAGAAAACGCUGUAACAUAGCCGUCGUAGCUUCACUGUGCACACCGACACCCCCCCCCCCCCCCCUUUCUAGUCCAGGAAUUUGUGCCAAAUGUUCUACAUUGACUUUAUUCAUGUCUUAUACUUGAAUGUUUAUUAAAUUCGUUGACUUUCACCCCCCUUCAUUUAUAUUUCCAGGUCCAUGUUGUGCAAUAUAUACACUUAAAUAUGCAACCUCAACAUCUUAUUUCAGUGUUGACCUUUAUUUUGUUGAAUUUAAUCGCAACUGGAUAAACAUAGGGAGGUGAUUGCCGCCAUUACUUAAACAGGAAUAGAGAUUAUACUGAAUAAGCCUUUGUUGUCUUUCUUCAAAUCGUGCAUACUUAAGUGUAAUAAUGUACUCAAUAAGAGUAAUGUAUUGCUUCAAAUAUAUAUUUUCUUCAUUUGGUGCCAGCGCCACGUAGAAUGUGUGACUAAGCAGUCAGUAUUCAAUCGUUUAUUUACAAGUACCACUAAGCGUGUUCUGGUUUACUGCGGAUGUGGCGUAGUCGUACCUGAGCGGUUCUGCUGGUGCGGCAAACAUGCUCGGUUUGUGCCUGCUUUUGUCGUCCGAUUACUCCAUUUGUGCUUGCACUUUAUUUUUUAUGUUCUUUUGACUUUUUCGGUGUCUUCAUAUAUUAAGUUGUAUUUUUUCUAUGUACUGUAUGUAUAAAGUUUGCUGCUUUUGUAUAGAGAAACUGAUGGGUGAAGAACUGUUACUUUAAAUGUUAGAAAUAAAUGAAAAAAGGUAGGCAACGCCGUUUGUAUAUUAAAGUAGUUAUUUAUUCAAAUAAAUGGAAUUAUCCUUUGCUUUGCAUACCGCUGUUGA